UCUGCAGGUCUUGAUGAGUUCUGCUGCAGUCAGAGAAGGAGAAACUGUGUCAUUGACCUGUAACUCCACCUGUCCUGUAAACAACGCCACCUACACCUGGUUCCAGAACAGAGAACCUCUUACCAAACACACAUCCAGAGAUCUGAUCCUAGAUCCAGUCAAGAGUGAUGAUUCAGGAACUUACUCCUGUGCUGUUGAAGGAAAUGAGAAACACCCCUCACCUGAAGUGAACCUCAGUGUCCAGUUCCAGGGCCUCAUCUCGCUGUCCAGACUGGUUUGCUCUUUGUUGCUGAUCUCGGAGUAUCUGCUGUUGACUGUGAUACUGGUGGUCAAAUGCUGCAGGGCCAAAGAUCACCCAAGAAAAGAUGACAAAGAAGACAAGAGAGAAUGUUGUGCUGUUGAUGCUGUUGUAGAGGCCUGAGUUUCUCAAGCUCAUCUGAUUAUUCUAAGGUGACUGUUAGGCGGUGAUCACACUAGCCAGCGG